AACAUGAGCAUCAGUGAAACACCUUGAUGAAGGAGGUUUUUGUGUGAUUUCUCAUUUUUAUCAGAUAAAUUUUUCCCUAAAAAACCAACAUUUCCCGUCAAAUUUUACUCGUAAUAGCUAUCGUGGAUACUAAAGUGGGGAAUUCUUGCAAAAAUUGUGCGCUCUCUUAGCUCUCGUGCAAUUUGUAGGUGAGUUUUUCUUUCCCUUUGACCUCUGCGCCACCAUUUCCGUGUGUCAAAAAAAUCUGGUUUUUCCUCCUUGGGCCCGUCCUCCGGAAUAAAAUACCAAAUAAUUGCUUUCCAUGGAAUCCUGAGGUGAUACAGCAGUGAUAUUUAUUGAUUUUUUUUUAGAGAAAAGAACUCUCGAUUUGCACACGCAAAAUAUUUUUCUUUGAAAGAAACCACCUAAGUGGGGAGCUUUGUCAAAAUGGGGCGCUUCACAGUUGCUUUAGACAUGGCGCUGCGGAGCAACAACAACAACAGCAGCAAAAACGGAAAGGUUGUGAAGAGUGAUUGCCUGUGAUUGUGAAGUCCUUCCGGAAGAGAAAACCCAUCCAUCGUGUGAAGCAGGAGUUGGUGAGAAUGUCGAGACAGAGUUCAUUAGGAUCGACUGGGCUGAAGCCAAUAAAUCUAGAAGAGGUACGAAGCGUCACACAUUUGACCUAUCGCACUGCUGACCCCACAAUUUUUGACUUUCCGAAGAUUUGGACUGAUCUGGAAGAUGGUAUCAAUCAAAUCUACCUGCGGGAACGUAAUUUGAUCAUCAAGCGAUAUAUGGAGCUCUACACACACGUCUACAACUACUGCACGAGUGUGCAUCAGCAGACCAGCCAGGCAGGCAGGUCGGCUGUGUCAGCGAAGGUAGCAAAAAAGGGCACGGGAACGGGAUCAACGGGAGGUGCCCAAUUAGUUGGACAGGAGCUCUACAAGCGCCUCAAGGAAUUCCUUGAGCACUACUUGAAGAAUUUACUGAAGAGUGGUGCCGAUCUCAUUGACGAGGGUGUCCUCACGUUCUACACGAAGCAGUGGGAGGAGUAUCAGUUCUCCAGUAAAGUACUCAAUGGGGUUUGUGCCUACCUCAAUCGGCACUGGGUACGACGGGAGUGCGAAGAGGGACGCAAGGAUAUCUAUGAGAUCUAUCAGCUGGCACUCGUCAUAUGGCGGGGGAUUUUGUUUAAAGAUCUCAAUAAGCAGGUGACGAAUGCCGUCCUCAAGCUGAUCGAUCGUGAACGCAAUGGGGAGACAAUUAAUUCGCGCCUUGUAUCGGGAGUGAUAAAUUGCUACGUUGAAUUGGGUCUCAAUGAGGAUGAUCCGAGUGCAAAGGGGCAGAAUUUGUCGGUGUACAAGGAGAGCUUUGAAAAUAUCUUCCUGGAGGAUGCAGAGCGUUUCUACAAUCGCGAAAGUACGGACUUUUUGCGGCAGAAUCCCGUCACGGAGUACAUGAAGCGUGUUGAGCAGCGACUAAAUGAGGAGCAGAAGCGUGUCCAGGUGUAUUUGCAUGAGAGUACACUCGAUCGUCUGGCCAAGACGUGUGAGCGUGUGCUCAUCCAGAAGCAUUUGGAGAUCUUCCGCACGGAAUUCCAAAAUCUCCUUGAUGCCGACAAAAAUGCCGACUUGGGGAGGAUGUAUAGCCUCGUGGCGCGCAUUGAGUCCAACAUUGGGUUGUCGGAGCUGAAGCAAAUCCUCGAGGUGCACAUUCACAAUCAAGGACUUGCGGCAAUUGGGAAGUGCGGCGAGGCAGCUGCCAAUGAUCCCAAAGUGUACGUUCAGACACUGCUGGAGGUGCACAAGAAGUACAAUGCGCUCGUUUUGACGGCAUUCAACAAUGAUAAGGGAUUCGUGGCGGCACUCGAUAAGGCAUGCGGGAAGUUCAUCAAUACGAAUAAUGUAACAACGGCCAGCAAGAGUUCAAGCAAGAGCCCGGAACUCCUUGCGAAAUAUUGCGAUUUGUUGCUGAAGAAAUCCAGCAAGAAUCCCGAAGAGGCUGAAUUGGAGGAUACGCUGAAUCAGGUGAUGGUGGUGUUUAAGUACAUUGAGGAUAAGGAUGUCUUUCAGAAGUUCUACAGCAAAAUGCUUGCCAAACGUCUUGUCCACCAUAUGUCUGCCAGUGAUGAUGCCGAAGCAUCAAUGAUCUCAAAACUCAAACAAGCAUGUGGGUUUGAGUAUACGAGCAAACUUCAGCGUAUGUUCCAGGAUAUUGGGGUAUCGAAGGAUCUCAAUGAACAAUUUAGGCAGCAUUUAUUGACAAAUAAGCUGCUCAAUGAGAUUGACUUUAGUAUUCAAGUGCUGUCCAGUGGUUCGUGGCCAUUUACGCAGAGUUUCACUUUUUCACUGCCAUCCGAGUUGGAACGUUCAGUACAAAGAUUCAACAACUUCUACGCUGGCUUACAUUCUGGCCGGAAGUUAAAUUGGCUGUACAAUAUGUGCAAAGGUGACUUGAUAACGACAUGCUUCAAGAAUCGGUAUACACUGCAAGCCAGUACGUUCCAAAUGGCCGUUUUGUUGCAAUUCAAUGAGCAGACGAGCCUUACUGUGCAACAAUUGGGCGAUAAUACAGGAAUCAAUCAGGAGCACCUUGUUCAAGUACUGCAGAUUUUGCUCAAGGUGAAACUUCUCACAUGCCCCGAUGACGAGACGAAUCUCACAAAUGACUCGCUCAUUGAGCUCAAUUUGGGCUUCAAGAACAAAAAGUUGCGGAUCAACAUAAACUUCCCGCUGAAGACGGAACUAAAGGUGGAGCAGGAGGUUACACAUAAAUACAUCGAGGAUGACAGAAAGAUUCUCAUUCAGGCAGCUAUUGUGAGAAUUAUGAAGAUGCGAAAGAAGCUCAAUCACACACAACUUGUCGCUGAAGUACUCAAUCAACUGUCCACUAGGUUUAAGCCAAAGGUCCCCGUGAUUAAGAAAUGCAUCGAUAUUCUCAUUGAGAAGGAAUAUCUCGAGAGGAUGGAAGGACAAAAGGACACAUACAGCUAUUUAGCGUGAGAGUAUUUAAUGGAAGCACACGUUUGUCUCGACAUUUAAGUGACGCGUAGUCCUAUUUGAUGACUUUUUCUUUUUUUUUUUUAAUUAAGUUAAAUUGAGAUUUAAUGUUUAAGAAGAUGAGGAGAUGUAGGUAAAUCUAAUUUCACGUUUCUGUUCUCCAUUAUUUUGCCCUCCUUUGUUUUGAUCAUUUAUAGCUACCUAUUUGAAGAAGUUUUUUUUUGUAAUCGACGUUGUAAAAAAUCAUUAAAUUUUUUUCUUAGUGUAAAAA